CCAUCACUCCCCACCACUGAUCUCAUCUCUCUAUCCAACCGGCGCGGCUCUGCCUUGAGUUUAGGGGCUGUCGCUCCAUCAGCUGAUCUGCGGGUUGGGCGAGGAGAAGUUAUCUUUGUGAACUUUUAUCUUCCCUUUUGUACAAACUCCAACAACUCUCAGAGUCUCGGCUUCUUGGCAGGUGGCUACGGGCACCACCGGGUCAGUCAGAUCAUCAAGGCACCAGAGGACUUCUGAAAUCAGAUUUCUAUGCAAACCACUGCCCCACUCAGGAGAUAACUAUCGAAAUUGGGUUCCUCUUGGUGCUUGAACCUGUGGUCGCAACCUUGUACAGCAUCUAAACAAGCUUUGAAAGUACCACUUUGAAACGCAACAAUGUUGGCGGAGGUAGGGUCACGGGUUGCCCAGGUUUACGAGGUGCUCUUAAAAGGAGACCCAAGGAUUGAAGAAUAUCCCUUCAUGGUGUCUCCAGUCCCUAUGACAGCUGUCCUGUUGUUCUAUGUAUAUUUUGUACUGUCUUUGGGGCCCAAGCUCAUGGCUGGCAGGAUGCCCUUCGAUCUCAAGAAGAUUAUGGUUUGCUAUAACUUUGCACUGGUGUUUUUCUCGAUAUUCAUAGUCUAUGAGUUCUUGAUGUCUGGCUGGGCAACUGGGUAUACAUUCCGAUGUGAUCCAAUAGAUUACUCCAAUAACCCAAAAGCUCUUCGGAUGGUGCGUGUAGCAUGGCUGUUCUUAUUUUCCAAAUUCAUUGAGCUGUUUGACACAGUAUUCUUUGUCCUGCGGAAGAAGAACAGUCAGAUUACCUUUCUUCACAUAUUCCACCAUUCAGUAAUGCCAUGGACCUGGUGGUGGGGUGUCAAGUUUGGACCAGGUGGCAUGGGAUCCUUCCAUGCCAUGGUGAACUCCAUCGUCCAUGUCAUCAUGUACUUUUAUUAUGGUCUGUCUGCCGCUGGCCCAGCGUUUCAGAAAUACCUCUGGUGGAAGAAGUAUAUGACAGCAAUCCAACUGGUCCAAUUCAUUAUUGUCUCACUGCAUGUCACCCAGUACUACUUCAUGGAUCAUUGUGAUUACCAGUUCCCCAUUAUCAUCCAUCUUGUGUGGAUGUACGGAACAUUUUUCUUCAUCCUUUUUUCCAAUUUCUGGUACCAGGCCUAUACCAAAGGCAAGAGGUUGCCCAAGAACAUGGAGCACAAACGCAAAGCAGCUGUGAAGAAUGGCAAACCAGCAGCAGAAAACGGUGGGCACUUGCUGGAAAAUGGGGAGGUGAUGAAUGGGAAAGUGAAGACAAAGUAAUAAUGAAUAACUUUUUAAUAAACACCGAUUAUUGUAUUUUUGUGUUUUGGAAAGUUUUGAGGGUGGGCGCAGCAAGUAUCCAGUUUUGAACUUGACUUGAGAAUUUCAUGCAGCUGAUUAUGGCACCCUGUUGGCAUUUAACCUGGGGAGAGAAGUCUGACCUAAUGUUUUAAGGAUCCUUUGUAAUUAACAAAUGGCUUGUGGUUAAUCAAGUCUGGAAUUUAUUUGGAAUCAUUGCACUGGUUUAAUUGACAUUGGAGGUGCAAGGAUAAUGCAGACCAUAUGACAUGGGAGAGGAACAUCUAUGCCUCUGACUGAAAGCCAGAUCAGUGCUGGUCUGUGCUUGAGGCUAGUCUUGGAUGUGCUCUAUUUAGAGAAGGUUCAAUAUGCAAUUCUUCAGCCUUUUAUCCCACUCUACCAGAGUUGGAUGUAAUAAUUCCUCCAGAUCUGCAAAGAACUAAAUGUGUAAUGGUGUUGCCUUUUAACCUUCCUCUGAAAACCUGCAAUUAAACCCAUAAUGCUGUUGAUACUACCCACCAUCACGCUGUGCAGUUGAAAGUUAUGUCAGAGUGCUCCGAAAUGGCCCACUUGGUUGGGUCCAUCUUUAUUAAUUUAUAAUACCUAGUUUAAAGAAAAAGCAUCAGUCUCCAUCAAUAUAUGUAACAUACUAAAUAUAAUUAGUUAUUUUACAAUUUUUUAUUUGCUUGAAUCUACCAAUGUUGCUGUAUAUUUUGGGAAGGAAGGAAGGAAAUCACAAUAUUUAAAAGAAAUGGCUGCUUAGUGGGACAGUGUUAAUGUUUACCAUACAGCAGGGAUCAGAUUUCAUUAAUGUUUUGGGGCAGGGAGGACAGUCAAUUAAAAUCCUUUCCUGACUUGCUAAGUAUCCUGUAGAUGGUGAAACCCAUGAGUAGCUCUUUUCCUUUUGAUCUGUUAUCAUUGGGGACUGAACAAUAUGCCAAAUGAGAGAGGGUUCUCAAAACUCUGUAGUGUGUCAUAGUUGAAUGCUGGCGAGAUCUACUGAGAUGAAUACUGUGACUAUAACUAGCUACAUACUUGCGUAGCAGACAUCAAUCUUUUUUGAAAAGACUUCUGUCAAUAGGUGUUGAUCAAUUAGUAUUGCUUACAUAUUCGGUAGUUUGUUCAGAACUGCCUUUAUCUUCUGUUUAUUGUCCCAACCCAAGGCUAUAGAUAAAGGAGUUGGGUUGAUGCGUUGUACACUCUUGCAGUUGGUGCCAGAUGUCUGUGGUGAUGAGCAUCAUGUGAAGCUGUCCUUGGGGAUAAAUUGCUGAUGGCACACCUCAGUUAUAGAGCUCUAUUAGAGUUUAAGCACAAUGCUCAAAGCAGUACAGCUACAUCUUUAGUUCUUUGCAAAUCGCUUUCAGACAGUUAAAACAGAUCCCCGUGAGAAAAAGAACAGUGAAGGAAAAUCUCUGGGAUUAUGAUAUCACAGGAGCAAGUUUCAAUAGGAAUUCUCUGACACUGAAAUAAACUCAAUUUCAAAACUCAA